GCUCAGUGUUUCCAUCACAGACAACUGCUGAAAGGUGCUUCAGAUAAAUGACAUCUAAAAGCGACACCCCUCCAUCCUACGAGGAGGCACUGCAUCACCCUAAGUUUGAUCAGUCUCCUGGCCAGCCACCAUAUGGCGCUCCUCUUCCCUCGCCCCCAUCUUACAGUCCCAGUCCUGGCAUGUUCCCCAGCCAGCCUGGUUACUGGGGCCAUGGGGGCGCCUACCCACAGUCCAGCAUGUAUCCAGGCCCUGGUUUCUCUCCAGCUGGGAUCGCCAUCCCCACUCUGUCAGCAGGACUGCAUGCAUCCAACCCAGGAGACAUGGAGGAUUUGAUCAGCAGCCAGUGGGACAGCACAUCCAUUCGGCACGCCUUCAUCAGAAAAGUUUACUUCAUUUUAACAAUUCAGCUUGCCGUCACCUUUUCAGUCAUUUCUGUCUUCACAUUUGUUGAUUCAGUGAAGAUGUUUGUCAUCAGCUACCCUGUCAUYUACUGGACAUCGUAUGUGGUGUUUCUUUUGGUUUACUGCAUUCUCAUCUGCUGCAAAGAACCAAGGAGGCGUUUUCCGUUGAAUCUGGUGUUGCUGGGAAUAUUUACUGUUGCUUUCUCUUACAUGGCUGGAACAAUUUCAAGUUAUUAUGAAACAAAAGCUGUGUUUCUUGCCAUGGGAAUAACAGCCACAGUGUGCGUCGCAGUGACAGUCUUCUGCUUCCAAACCAAGGUGGACUUCACCUCCUGCGGUGGGUUUCUCUGCAUCGCGGCUGUUUUGCUCAUGAUCAUUGGGAUCGUGACGGCCGUCGUGCUCUCCUUCCAAUAUGUCCCCUGGCUUCACAUGCUCUACGCUGCAAUAGGAGCCAUCGUUUACACUCUGUUUUUAGUGUACAACACUCAGCUCCUCAUCGGGAAUCGGGAGUUGGCCAUCAGCCCAGAGGAGUACAUCUAUGGAGCCCUUUCCCUCUAUGUUGACAUCGUUAACAUCUUCCUCUUCAUCCUUCAAAUCAGCGGAGCAGCAACAGAAUAAACAAAACACUUAGAGAAUAUUUUUGUCAUGCAGAGAAAUUCAAUUUCCAUGUAUUUUUCUGUCUGUAAAGUUACAUUUAUAAAUCAGAGUACUUUGUCACUGUGUAAAAUAUCCUAACUUGCUGUACAUAGUUGCUGUUUGAAACAAGAAUGUGGAUAUUUGGUUUUAGUUACAAUGUUGUUUAUUAGUUAGAAAAUAGAAAUCUGACUGUAUUUAUCAAACCUAUUAAUAUAUUAAUUAGUGAUUCUUUCCAGUACAUAAAGACAAAACAGCUUAUUUUUUUAAAUUAUCUUUGUUUAAUUCCUAUUCAUCACUUACAAGAUCUACAGCUGGACACAAUCAUUCCUCCAAGGUCUAAGCUGGAAAAUAAGAUCUGUGUUAAAGGGUUUUUUCUCUUUGAUUAGAAAAUGCAUUAAGUCUGUGCAGUCCAAUAAGUAAAUAAGUGACCACUUCCUUUAUGUUUAUUGCAUCUUGUUUUUAAUAGUUGUUAGAAAACUAUGAACACAAAUCAAUAAAGUCCCCCGCCUCCCCCCA